AUGGACAGAGAGGCGGGAGGCCACCACCAGGGUGCUCCCGGCGAGCUGGAGGCGGCCCACGAGCACGGGCACAGGAAGCAGCGGCAAGUGCCCCGGAUCCGGGAGCGGCAGCGGCGCAAGAGCUCCGGCCUGGUGUGGGCGAUGGUGAUCCUGUGCACGCUGCUGGCCAUCGGCGUCAUCGUGGCCGGCGCCACCGUGUUCGCCGUGUACCUGCUGUACAAGCCCAAGAUGCCGUACCUGCUGGUCUCGGACGCGCGGCUAGAGCGCCUCGAGUACGGGCAGUCGGGCACCAUCCUGGACCUGCAGCUGGCGCUCACCAUCCAGGCCGAGAACACCAACUCCAAGACGGACGCCACCUUCUCCGGGGUCAGCCUCGCCGUCGGCUUCCACGGCGCCGACGUCGCCCUGCUGCGGGCGGGGACCUUCUCCGUGGCGCGCCGCAGCUCCGUGCCGCUGCGGUACCAGGUGGUGUCGGCGGGGCGGCAGCUCAGCCCCGACGGGAUGCAGUACAUGGAUGGCGCGCUCCGGGCCGGCGUCGUGCCGCUCGACCUCUUCGGCAAGGCGCGCACCACCUGGAAGGUGGGCAUCUUCGCCUCGCUCCAGUUCUGGACGCGCAUCUCCUGCCGCUUCCUCUUCAACUACCCCGGCAACGGCACCGCCAUGCCCAUCGACUGCCGCUCCAAGUCGCCGUAG